AUGGCUCGCCCUGAUGUUGGCCAGGUGGUCGCAUGGUAUAUUUGCACCGUCGUAGCCUGCAUAUUCCUCGUUGCUCGAUUGCUCAUCCGAUGGGGACUGUUCAAACGGUUCUAUGUCGAUGAUUUCCUGCUGACGCUGUCCGCCCUCUGUCUCAUCGCCGAUCUGGUGAUCCAGCACUACAUGUUUAAUCUCGGCAUGUCUGACAUGGGCAAUGCGACAAAGGACGACACGGUUGCGAUGAUGAAGAUGAUCAUCCCGGGCUCCACUCUGUAUGUGACUUCGCUUUGGUUGAUCAAAGCGGGUAUGGUCCUCUUCUACAAACGUCUCGCCGAUCGCACCAGAUACCAAAUGGUCUACAACAUUACCCUGGGCUUUCUCGGCGCUACCUGGCUGGCUAUCUUCCUCAACAUCAUCUUCAAGUGCUUCCCGCCGGACCGCCUGUGGGAUCUCGACCAUCCCGAGAGAGCCUGCUCGGAUAAACAGACGCGAAUUAACUACUGGAUUACGAUUUUGUUCAACAUCUUUAGUGAUGUAUUCAUCAUUUGUCUUCCCAUUUCCCAGGUCCUCAAGUUGAAGCUUCCCAAGAAGCAAAAGAUUGGCGUCCUCAGCAUUUUCAUGCUGGGCUUUUUGGUGGUUAUCACGAGUAUCAUCCGUGCCAUUUACUCCUACCGGAACGAGCAAAUGAUUACCUGCACCGUCUCAAUGAUCGAAACCGCUAUUGCUAUCAUUGCUUCCUGCCUUCCCGUUAUGCGCACACUUUUUUUCGGAUCGAGGUCCCGCACGGGGACCUACAGCGGACGACGGGGUUAUGAGCUCUCCAGCUCCGGGCACGUCGGUGCGGGAACCAAGCAGAAGGCAACCGUCUCGGCCUCGCAUUUGGGCAGUCGGAGCAAGACGCAGCUUUCGCGACACGAUUCGGAGGACGAAUUGGUGCGUGAGGGUGCGUCGCCAGCGGUGGACGGGCCGCACUCUGGCAUCUCGGUCACGCGGGAAUAUUUCAUCCACGAAGGCACACGGGAUAGUCGAAGCUUGCGAUGA